AUGGCCACAAUUGACUCUGAAAUCGAUGUUUCGGCUAUGAAAACGCGGCCCCUUGAGGGAAAUGCCAGCGCGAUUGAGUACUUCCAGCUGGAGUCGUUCGUAGUUCCAAGGUUGAUGAUCGGGCUGUGGCAGCUAUCAAGUCCAGCAUGGGGCUUCGCCAGUAAAUCGAAGAUGUUGAGCCAAUUCCAGAAACAUGUCGACUCCGGGUUUACUGCGUAUGAUAUGGCUGAUCACUACGGUGAUGCCGAAAUUAUCUUUGGGCAAUUCCGAUCUUCAUAUUCAGGACCAAAAUCCACCUUCUGUGCAACCAAGUACUGCGUUUUUGAGCCUAUCACGGUGACAGAAGAUGGAAUGCGCAAUGCCGUCUCGCAGCGCCUGGCAAAUAUACAGUCGGACAAAAUCGAUUUGCUCCAGUUUCAUUGGCAAGAUUAUAAUAACUCGCAAUAUAUCCGUGCUCUCCAGUUUCUCCAAGACGAUGAGCGCGUGGCUGCACUGGGUCUGUGUAAUUUUGACACGAAGCGAAUGGAAGAGGUUAUCAGUGUUGGUGUGAAGGUCGCGACAAACCAAGUGCAGACCCGGUACCUUAAUAUUAUACAAUCACCGAUGUUAACUGUGAACGCAAAAUUCAUAAAUCGCCCCCAGUUUUCACUCAUCGAUGCCCGACCAACAUACGCUAUGGCAAAGGCAUGCGAAAAACAUCACAUCAAACUCCUAACCUAUGGGACAUUGUGCGGCGGUUUCCUCUCCGAAAAAUGGAUCGCAAAAGACGAGCCAGAUCCAUUCAGCACAGACAUGACCCCCAGCCUGCGAAAGUAUCUCGAAAUGAUAAACAUCUGGGGUUCAUGGCCCCUCUUCCAAACCCUCCUCCGCACCCUCUCAGCAAUCGGGCGCAAGCACGAUGUAAGCGUUUCCGCCGUCGCGAUACGGUGGGUGCUCGAUUUCAGUUACGUGGGGGCCGUGAUCGUGGGGGUGCGUAUGGGCGUCAGCGAGCAUACGGAGGAUAACUUGGCAGUGUAUGGGUGGCGGUUGGACGCGGAGGAUACGAAGAUGCUAGAGGAGGUGUUGUGUCAGAGUCGGCGUGGGGAUAUGUUUAGCGAUAUGGGGGAUUGUGGGGCGGAGUAUCGUGGGAACCACGACGCGGGACUGCGCGGUCCCCAGAGCGCACCAUACCGAUUGAGACUACGAUCAAACCUCCCCACCGACAAACCCAUGGAUAUAAGAUGGUAA